AGAAGAUCAGCAUAUCUCCAGAAGUCUUGAGCUCAGGCUGGAGACUCCUUCAGCAGCAGGACACACUCAGAGAAUCUGUGUGGUGCUUUGGUCUCCAGUGUUUUGGUCUCAAAGCGACUCUUUCUGCACAAAGCUCGUAUCAGACGUUACUCAGAAGUCAUGGCUCUGCCGGACUCCUUCAUUCAGAAGCAGCAGUUGGACGCAUCGAUGGCUGACACGUUUCUGGAGCAUCUUUGUCUGCUGGACAUCGAUCAGGAGCCAAUCACUGCGCGCAACACCAGCAUCAUCUGCACCAUCGGCCCCGCCUCCUGCUCCGUCACCAAACUGCAGGAGAUGGUGAAGGGCGGUAUGAACAUCGCCAGACUGAACUUCUCUCACGGCUCUCAUGAGUAUCAUGGAGAGACGAUCCGUAACAUCCGUGAGGCGGUGGAGACGUUGACAUCUGACCCGCUGUACUACAGGCCUGUGGCCAUCGCUCUGGACACCAAAGGACCGGAGAUCCGCACCGGCCUGGUUAAAGGGUCUGCAGACGCUGAGGUGAUGCUGGAGCGAGGAGCGUUGGUUCGGGUGGUGAUGGCAGAGGCGGAUCGUGAUAAGACGGACGGGUCGGUGAUCUGGAUGGAUUAUCCCAGCCUGCCCCGUGUGCUCAAGAAAGGAAGCAGGGUAUUCAUUGAUGACGGGCUCCUUGCUCUCAAAGUCCUGGAGAUUGGUGAGACGUGGGUGGAGACUCGUGUUGAGAACGGUGGCAUUCUGGGUAGUCGUAAAGGAGUUAAUCUGCCGGGGGCGGAGCUGGUGAACCUGCCGGCGGUGAGCGACCGCGACCGAUCCGACCUGCUGUUCGGUGUGGAGCAGGACGUGGACAUCAUCUUCGCCUCCUUCAUCCGCUCGGCCGAGGAUGUGAGGGCCGUGAGGGAGGCGCUGGGAGCCAAAGGCCAGAAUAUCAAAAUCAUCAGCAAAGUGGAGAGCAGACAGGGUGUUCAGAAAUUCGAGGAGAUUCUGAAGGAGAGCGAUGGCAUCAUGGUGGCCCGCGGUGACCUGGGCAUCGAGAUCCCGGCAGAGAAAGUCUUCAUUGCGCAGAAGAUGAUGAUCGGACGCUGUAAUUCUGCAGGAAAACCUGUGAUCUGUGCCACACAGAUGCUGGAGAGUAUGGUCCAUCACACACGUCCCACCCGUGCAGAGAGCAGCGAUGUGGCCAAUGCGGUGCUGGACGGAGCCGACUGCGUCAUGCUGUCUGCAGAAACUGCCAAAGGACACUUCCCUGUAGAAGCUGUUGCCAUGAUGCACUCGAUCUGUCGUGAGGCCGAGGCGGCCAUCUUUCAUCAGCAGCUGUUUGAAGAGCUGCGCCGUUUGACCCCGCUGAGCUCCGACCCCACAGAGGUCACGGCCAUCGGAGCCGUCGAGUCGUCCUUCAAAUGCUGCGCUGGAGCCAUCAUCAUCCUCACCACCUCCGGCAGGUCGGCUCAUUUAUUAUCUCGAUAUCGUCCUCGCUGUCCGAUCAUCGCUGUGACGCGUAACGUUCAGGUGGCCCGUCAAUCACAGCUGCUCCGUGGCGUUUUCCCCGCCCUCUUCCGAGCUCCGCCUGCUGACAUCUGGGCCGAUGAUGUGGACAACCGCGUGACAUUUGCGAUGGACAUCGGUAAAGCGCGGGGUUUCUUCACAGCGGGUGAUAUGGUGAUCAUCGUCACCGGCUGGAGUCCUGGAUCUGGACACACCAACAUCAUGAGGGCGGUCACUGUGCCCUGAACCACAACCUCUGAUUUGCCAGAGUCACUGAUUGACAGUUCUGUGCUAAUUAGCUCUCAUUAUGUGUGUCAGUGUUGAUUUCUGUUUCACUUACACCCUUCAUUUGUGAAUCAUUUCUAUAGAAAUAAAUGAAUGAAAUAAG